AUGGCAUCCCCUGCUGUUGCAAAGACCAAUUACCCUCUUAUAAAACUCCCGCAUCCGUUCUUAACAACAUACCGAGUACGAUCAGUUGGCGAUACAGCACCAACCGAGCUUGCCUUGAUACUGGAUAAUGAGCCCACAAAUGGCCAACCGCUGUCGCAACCGCUGCAUCUCGCUACUCUCUCGUGGGUAGACUUGACAAGAAUACCUGACGAUCAGUGCCCACCCCCUUCCGACAACAGCCCAUGGGCCAGAGCGCGUCGAAGUCCGGCGACUACCUUCCAGUGGAAAGGUGAUACAGUUCCCACUCUGGGCCAGAUUUGGAACGUGAUCCACGCAAUCUUUCUGGCCUAUCCGACACUGGAAUGCUUCAGGCUCACCUUGUUGGGAGAGGGGAAAGAAGUGGUGUCGAGGGAGCUGGCUUACACCGGUCUUGGAAUAGAACACCCGAAGCCACGGAUUGGCGUAGAUGGGGACAAUGCAUCUUUGACCGAGCUAGUGAUUCUUCGAAGUGCAUUCUGGCAAGGCGCAGGCUCUCCGACAGGCCCUCGACCAAUCUGGGUUUACCCGCCUAUGCCUGAGCACUACCAAAUCACGAAUAAGUUUCCAAGCGAGCCCGUUUAUACUCGCCAUCCGACACGUCGACCAAAGCCGUGCCCGGGCUCAAUAGUCUAUAGUCGGUACAUACCAGAGAUUGAUGCCCAUUUCUCUCUGGAAGCUGUCAAUUGGCAGGAUGAUGAACAUUUGAGGCUCUUCAACACAUGGCAGAACGACCCCCGAGUUGCCAAGGGAUGGAAUGAAACGGGGACGCUGGAGCAACACCGAGAGUAUCUACGCAAAUUGCACUUUGACCCUCACGUUCUUUGCUUAUUCGGCCGCUUUGACGAGUCGCGCUUCGCUUACUACGAAUUGUAUUGGGCAAAAGAGGAUCACUACGGCGCCCAUUGGGAUGCGGGGGACUAUGAUCGAGGACGGCACUCCCUUGUUGGCGAUGCUUCAUUCCGCGGCGCCCAGCGUGUCAAUGCGUGGUAUUCCAGUUGCAUUCAUUACUGCUUUUUAGAUGAUCCACGAACAGAAAACGUUGUUGGGGAACCCAAAGCAACUGGCUCGACUAUCUUAUCUUACGAAAACUCUCAGGGCCUCACUAUUGGCAAAUAUGUCGAUCUUGGCCACAAACGAUCGGUGCACUCUAUAUGCAGUAGGGAGAAGUGGUUCCAGCUAUGUCCUCUCUUCUGGGACGGACGUGAGCGGCCACUUGAAUCCGCUGAUCGUGCUGCGUGGAAUGCCAAGCUCUGA